AGUAUUGUGUCUUAAAAGAAAAGUGCACACCUUGUAGUUACAAGACUUUAUGUUACAAUCUCAGUGUGUUUACUGUCACAUUAAUAGAACCUGACCACUUGGGGGAAAAUAUCCAUUAACAGUAUGGGAAAUAUUUUUUUCCAUGAUUGAGCAAGGUAAAUCGCAUCCUCAGAAAAAAAAAAAAAAAACAAGGUCCAUUUACAGGAUGGGAAGUAGUCAUAACAGGAAACUAACGUAUGACCCGCCUGCCUGUGACUCUGACUUAUUUUCUACUGGUUAAUCCUUAUUGAUUGACAGCGUUUAUGUUUACUCUUCUUGAGUCCUGGUCUGCUCUGCUGUCUUAUUUCAUGUGUUGGAGCCAGAGGAUAGUGAUGAGUUCUAUAGUACUGCGCAGAAUUUGAAUGGCAACAAAUGAGAGCACUCCUAUUCGUGCAGGGGCUUCUUCGGUACCUUAUGGACAUGUAAUUGGAAGCGACAAAUGGAGAGGGACGGAACUUGCUCAGUUAUUACAAGGAAAAGUGAAGCUUGUGUUUGAAGAUGGAUUGGGAUUAGUGGAUUUCCAUCUCCCCAAAAGAACUUGUAUACUUUAUAUAUCAGAAAGUGACUUAGUGUCUGGAAGCGCCUUUAAAAGGAGACUUGUUCGUUUUAGAAAAGCUUGUAAUCUGAGCAGCAUUGUGAUAGUGGAGAAAACACGACUAAGUGACCAGUAUUUUCCUCCUGUGCAGAACUUUGUUGUGCUUGAACUUGGAAUGUCAUUACUCCCUGUGACCAAUCAAAGUGAAGCCGCUCAACUUAUUUUUCAUCUAGUUCAAGAACGUAGUAAAGAAGGGAACAGUAACCCUUUCAUUCUUAAAAAGCGUUCACAACUUUCAGAACCAUCCAUUCUACAGACUGUACAGAAAAUUCCAGGAGUCGGAAAGGUGAAAGCACAGCAGCUCCUGUUGUAUUUCCCAAGUAUCAACCAGCUUGCUAACGCCUCUGUGACAGAGCUGGAAACUGCAGUGGGACGGGGCAUUGCAAGUCAGGUUCAUUCAUUUUUUAGACAAACUCAAUGACAGCGGGACCAGCAAUCUUAUUUCUAUGGCAAAUCAAUGGAGUAAUUAAGAAUAUCUUCCAGAGAAGCUGUCUUUAUUUGUGUUAUACGUUGAGGUUGGGCAAGUCUUUUUAAUGUAAGGCCCUCUUUCCUUUCUACCUCUGGCAGUACAUUAAUAUGCUUGAAUUGGUCAGCAUAACUAUUUUUGUCAAUUAGAUCUGGCAGAUACAAGUCCCUGCCCAACUUUUUUACCCUCUUGUUGCUUUAUUAAAUGUAUUAUUUCUCCUGAAUAAUCCAUAUCCUAUAAAACAUUCAUUAAAUUGUUUGCAACCACUAAGUUACCUUUACAGUGUUAACUGUUUGUCAUUUUUGAACAUUUCUAUAAUAAAGUGUAUUUGGGGAAAAUAUCAAAA